AUGGAGCAAGAAAGGAUGAAGGAUAUUCCCUAUUCUUCUGUUGUAGAGAGCCUUAUGUACGCCAUGACUUGUACUCGUCCAAAUAUUAGCUAUGUUGUUGGUUUGUUGGGUAGAUAUGUCAGUAAUCUUGGAAUAGAUCACUGGGCAGUUGCAAAGAAGGUGAUGCGUUAUCUACGAGGAACAAGAGAAUGCAUGCUUACUUACAGAGCUUCUAAUCAGUUGGAAGUGGUCGGAUGUUCAGACUCUGAUUAUGCUGGAUGCCUUGAUAGUAGGAAAUCAGGUUAUGUCUUUUUACUUGCUAAUGGGGCAAUUUCUUGGAAAUCCAAGAAACAGACUUGUGUCUUUACUUCUACCACGGAAACAGAGUUCAUGGCAUGCUUUGAGGUCAUAUCUAUGACAAUUUGGUUACGGAAUUUUAUCUUAGAGCUUCGAGUUGUUGACACCAUCAUGAAGCCGCUGAGAAUGUACUGA